UCUACUUUAUGAAAUAAAAUCGUGUGUUCCAUGUUCUCUACUAUCCAUAUAAAUAUAUGUUUGAAAUAUAUGUGCUUUUAAAUAUAUGAAAUAAAAUAGUGUGUUGUGCUUUUCAUUGCAGGUUAAAGGAAAAUGGGAAACUACAGCUAUACGCAGCCAUCAUGGUCAGAGGAUUAUUAUGACAACGACGCCGACGCCGAUAGUGGGUACAGCGAAACAGAGGCUGAUAUACUCCUCGACCAAGCUGAGAAUGAUGCAGCGCGGCGUCAGUACCCCCCCCAGCCUGAAGUAGAGUUUGGCUUCCCGAAAGAGUGCUACUGUGGUGGUGAACCACAUACCGCCACUUCCUACACAGCAACUGAUCCCGGGAGGAGGUUCUACACCUGUGCGAACAGAGACGACGGAGACUGCCAUGUCUGGAAGUGGUGGGAUGUGGCGGCUACAGAGGAGAUUAGAGCCAUAUCCACACAGUGUCAGCAGCUCAGUGAUAAGGUAGAUUAUCUCUCAUUUCUGAGUGACUACGAAACUCAGCUUGAUGAGGCUAAGCUACUGCAUAACGAGACAGAGCAGAAGUUGGUGAGGCUUGAGAGAAUUGGGAAACGCUUUGAACACGUUCUAGGUGCUAUGCUUGUUGUGUUAGUGAUAAUAGGGAUGGUGAUUAUCUUGAAGUAG